UCAUUCACAUCCUUACCAUCUCCACGAAUAGCCCUUUCUCUUUCCACAAGUGCCUCCAACAUUGGGCCUAGCACAUUAUCACAUUAGGAGGGUUUCCCCAAAAAACCGGCGUUUACAUUUGAAUUUGCUCCUCUUUUGGCACGUUUUGCAAUGUUGAAAUUGUUUUUUUUCAUUGUUCUCGCCGGGGCUGCCCGGGCGAGUGAUGUGAUAGAAUUCUCUGAUGAUGAUUUCGACAGUAAAAUUGGAGAUCACGGGAUGAUUCUAGUGGAAUUCUUUGCGCCAUGGUGUGGCCAUUGUAAACGGCUAGCUCCGGAGUUUGAGGUGGCAGCAACACGUCUGAAAGGCAUUGUCGCAUUGGCCAAGGUCGACUGCACGGUCCAAAACAAUGUGUGCCAGAAGUACGGAGUUAGCGGUUACCCAACACUGAAGAUCUUCAAAGACGGAGAGGAUGCCGGUGCCUACGAUGGGCCCAGAACUGCAGAUGGGAUUGUGAGCCAUCUAAAGAAGCAGGCUGGCCCAUCUUCCGUAGAGCUCAAGACCGAGGCAGAUUUUACGAAGUAUGUCGGAGACCGUGACGCAAGUGUUGUGGGUUUCUUUGCUGACGGUGGAAGCCCAGCCCAAGCAGAGUUCCUUAAGUCGGCCAGUGCCCUCCGAGAGUCCUUCCGCUUUGCACACACCAACUCUGGGGAGCUACUCCAGAAUCAUGGCGUGGAGGGAGAGGGAAUCAUUCUGUUCCGUCCAGCACGCCUCAGCAACAAAUUUGAAGAGAGCAGUAUCAAGUUCAGUGAGGACAAGUUCACCAACGCCAUGAUCAAGAAGUUUGUCCAGGAUAACAUCUUUGGAAUGUGCCCCCACAUGACUGAUGACAAUAAGGACCAAAUGAAGGAAAAGGACCUGCUGGUGGCCUACUAUGAUGUGGACUAUGAGAAGAACCCCAAAGGCUCCAACUACUGGAGGAACCGGGUGAUGAAGGUGGCCAAGAGCUUCCUGGACCAGGGGAAAACGCUGAACUUUGCCGUGGCCAGCAAGAACAGCUUCAGCCACGACAUCUCUGAGAUGGGCCUGGACGCCAGCUCCAGCGAGCUGCCCGUGGUCGGCAUCCGCACUGCCAAGGGAGACAAAUACGUCAUGGCUGAGGAGUUCUCACGUGACGGCAAGGCCCUAGAGCGUUUCCUGCAGGACUACUUUGACGGCAAGCUGAAGCGUUACCUCAAGUCUGAGCCCAGCCCUGAGAACAAUGACGGCCCCGUCAAGACUGUGGUGGCUGAGAACUUUGACGCCAUUGUGAACAACGAGGAAAAGGACGUGCUGAUUGAGUUCUACGCCCCGUGGUGCGGCCACUGCAAGAGCCUGGAGCCCAAGUGGAAAGAGCUGGGAGAGAAGCUGUCCAGUGAUCCCAACAUUGUCAUCGCAAAGAUGGAUGCCACAGCCAAUGACGUCCCAUCUCAAUACGAAGUCAGGGGAUUCCCCACCAUCUUCUUUGCUCCAGCUGGACAGAAAAUGAACCCAAAGAAAUAUGAGGGUGCUCGCGAGGUCAGUGAUUUUAUCUCCUACCUGAAAAGGGAGGCCACCAACCCUCUGGUGGCUGAAGAAGAGAAGUCCAAGAAGAAGCAGACCGAGCUAUAGAAGCUCAACUGGAGCCAACAUUCUGAGGCGGGAAACACUGACGGAACUAAAUUAUAUUCCAAUUUUUAGUGAACUACAGAAUGCUCUGAACCCUCCCUUGGGUCCUGCUGCUCUGGGAACACUGGAAGGUGGUGGUGGCCAGGGCCUGCCUGAUUUUAAAUGUAUGGAAAGAGGGACAGUUUUGAAAUUGAGAUUUAUUUCCCCUGGUCUGUCCCUCUGAUGCACUUUGGUUUGAGACCAAUUUCCAGUCAUCUAUUGUUUAUUUUUUUCUGAAAGCGGGGUGGUUAUGGUCAUUUUAUUUUUAACCACGUUUUUGUACAUUUUGGAAGGAUUGGGAAUAAAAGGCCAACAAAACAAAA